AUUUUGAAUCAUGUUUAUCACUCAUCUAAAAAAUGGGGUUGGGGCCUAAAUGAAAAAAUGGGUUAGAAUCGUCCGGCCCAAUUGCGUAGAACCCAAAAAAAUCCCAAAAAUUUCCCGCGCGUUUAUUCCAUAGCAGAGUUUUACAGUGACAAGCAGUAGAACGAAAAAGGCAAUGGAACCCUGGGAAGAACUGGACGUGGACGACUCAGAUAUCCCUUCUCUUCUCCGACCUUGCAAGCGUCACCAACCGUCUCAAGCUUCAACCCCUCAGCCUCACUCCAACUCUUCUUCUUCUUCGUCUUCUUUGCCGCGGUUCAUUCCGGGCCCUGCCGGAACCGUACAGGCCGCGAUGCAACUCCGAGCUCGUAACAACCACGCCUUCACUGGCGGCCGGGACGAGGAACCAGUCCCUACCCAAGAUUAUAUAAGGAGGGUACUCGAAAACGGCCCCGAACAUGACGAUGAUUUCACCGCCAAUCCCUGGCUUUUCGCCCUAGACUUUCUUCGAAAACAUGAUAUGGAUCAUACGGUGGAUGGUAGCGGUGUGACGCCUGGAAAGGCUUUGGGUUGGAUUAAGAAUGGUCUUGAAACUGACAAGGUAGAGCAGGUUGUUGCUAUAAUCAAGUCAUUUACCCCGAAUGGUCUUGGAGAUUUGAUGGUAACUUUGAAGGAUCCUACAGGUACAAUGGGUGCUAGCAUCCAUCGCAAAGUCCUUUCCGAGGGACAGUUUGGUAAGGAUAUAUCUGUUGGUGCGGUUUUGAUACUCAAGAAGGUUGCAGUGUUUUCCGCCUCACGCUCUGCACAUUAUCUUAAUGUAACCUUGAAUAAUGUGGUAAAGGUUAUCUCCAAGGACUGUGGACCUCCUUUGGAAGAUAAUUCUCCUGCUUUGCCAGAUAAAUAUAUAGCUAAAAUUACUGAAAGAAGCAAAGCAUCAAAUUUGCCACAAGAAAUCACGUCGCGGGAAAGAACUGGAGGAAUCCUGAAUAGCCAAGAAGAAAAUCUUGAGAUAAGAGGGAAAGCACAUGAUGACAGAGUAAGGAGCGAAACAUUACAGGUCCUGCUAGGAAUCAUGUCACAGGAAAGAACUGAAGGAAUCAUGAAUACACAAAGUGAAAAUUUAAAUUUUAUGCAGAGUCGGAGUGCACGUAAUGACAGUGUAAGCAGCAAAACGUCACAGAUGCACCAAGAAAUCUUUUCACAGGAAAGAACCGAAGGUUUGUUGGAUAACCUAGGAGAAAAAUUCAACUCAAGAGGAAGUGCACACAAUGACAGAGUAAGCGACAUAACAUCACAGGUGCCACAAGAAAUAAUGUCCCAUGAAAGAACUGAAGGAAUAAUGGAUUGCCUAAGAGAAAAUUCAAAGUUGAGAGGGAGUGCACAUAAUGAUAGGGCAAUGGAAGUCAAUUUGGUACCCGGAAGCUGCAGCUUUAGCCAUGAUAAAUAUAGAAAUCAAAAUGCUGGUGUAGAGAAAGAAUAUAUAUUGGUUUCUAAACCUGGCAGCCAAGCCACUAAUGCCGCUGAAAAUUUGGUUAGGGUCCAUUCUCAUGACCAAAAAAGUGGGGUAAUACCUGAAGUUGGAAGUCAGAGGCAGCUCCUAAGUUCGAGAACCUCACCCCCGGACUGGACAGUGGAACAGUUGGAUCUGCUCAUGGUUGAUGACUGAGGUAGUGAAGGGUUUCUCACUUCUUACUUGGAAGGCUAUUCAGUUUAUCAGAAUAUUUGCUUUUUGGUUUGUCUAUUAGUUUCAAAUUUUACUUGUAAAUGGGAUUUUUUUUGUUUUUUGUUUUGUUUUUUUUUUUUUUUUUUUUUUCCUGCAAGUUAUGUUGACAAUGCCUAUUAAAGAUUUAUGUGAAAAAGAUUUAGAAUCACCAUCCUAAUUUUCUUUCAAGAAAAAUGUGUCAGAAUGUUCUUUGAUUAUUUGCAAAUCUUGAGGUAAAUGCAUGAUUCAAAAGACAUAAACAAAAUGAAGAAAUAAUCCUCGGGGUCUCCUGUCUCUUUCUUCUCUGUUCGACGUGUCUCCCACAAAUGGAGCAUUUGAGUUUGGAACUUGUCAUUAAUAAGCCUAAAUUGGAAAAAAAGUUAAAAUAUCACAAGAGCAACAUCACACAGCUAAAUAGUUGUUGCUCAUUUUUUCAAUUUAAAGAAAAAGAUUAUACAUUUUAAUUUUCUAUGCGCUAGGAAGAGGCCAUCUAUAAUUACAAUGCUUCAAGGUCAACGUUGAAUGACAGAUGACACAUACCCCAUGUAUAAAACUUUUACGGUAGUUUGUGACAGGUUCGUGAUGCAUGAUCAUCCAUAUUUUAAGUAUUUUCAUAUCAAAUUGCCAAAUAAUAAUAAUAAUAAUAAUAGUAAAA